AGUGAUGUUAUGCACAGCGGAUCUUAUAACGUGUGGCCUUCCUUGCAAUAUGCAACUACUGGCGAUGUUUUCAUUGGAAACUAUCGCAUGGGUUUGGUGAAGCAGACGGGCAGUGGGAAUACAGGUACCCUCAUUUUCCCCACAGUCAUAACCAGCAGCCUACUACAUGGAGCGGGAUUGUGAGAGGAAAUCAUCUCGAACAUAAUUUAGACGCAGUGAACACUAGAUUUGUCGUACAAUGGUAUUCAAAAACUUUGAAACCAUUAUACGAAUGAGAAAUGUAAGAAGGUAUGAGGAGGGAACUAGUCGUAGCUAACUGUAGCUGGUCCGUAAACCGUUUCUCCCUGGAUUCAUAGUGGUGAAUGAUUAAGCAAUAUAUGG